CAACAUGUACAUCAAUUUGAUUCACUGUCACAUUGCAGUUUACAACCAAGACAAGCUACCACUAUUUCUCCCGGAGUAAGCAACCGGAUUAGCUUCCAAGCUCCCAUGGAUUUCUUUAGACCCAGAUGGCCUAUAAAAUAGGCAAAUUAGAGAAGGAACGAGGGCAGGGGGGGCUAGCUUAAAUCAGCUGAUGGAAGAAGGCAUCAAGGAGGCCGAGUCGAGCAAGAAAGCAGCCGCGGCGACCGAGGGCACCGGGACCAAAGUUGGCGUCAUGGCCGACGCCACGUUAGGGAGCAUCGGCGACGUGCUCAAGCUGCUGCCGACGUCGACGGUGAUCGUGUACGAGGUGCUCAACCCGAUCGUGACCAACGCCGGCGCGUGCAGCGUGGCGAACAGGGCGGUCACCGCGGUGCUCCUCGUGCUCUGCGCCGUCUCCUGCGCCUUCUCGGCCUUCACCGACAGCUUCGUCGGCGCCGACGGCAAGGUCAGGUACGGCCUCGUGACGCCCAGGGGCCUCCUGCCGUUCGGCGGCGGCGACGACGACGGCACCGGGGUGAGAGACUUCUCCAAGUACAGGCUGCGUCCGGCGGACUUCGCGCACGCCUUCUUCUCGGUGGUCGUGUUCGCGGCGGUGGCGCUGCUGGCCGACGCCAACACGGUGGCGUGCUUCUACCCGGCGCUCAGGGAGCAGCAGAAGCAGGUGGUCAUGGCGCUGCCCGUCGUGGUCGGCGCCCUCGCGAGCGUCGUCUUCGUCGUGUUCCCGUCCAAGCGCCACUCGGUCGGGUACCCGCCGGCGAAGCCUGCCGCGAGCUCGCUGGCGUCGCAGUAGCUAGGCCGGCUGGUGAUCUCGAUGUAUGCGCUCUCCCGCCGUGUGCUGUGUGCUUGUGUUCUGUGUGCGUACAUUUUUAGUCGAGUUUUGUGUGUGUAGUUUUUUCUUCUCUUCCUUCUUUCAUUUUUGAGGAGAUUUGCCUAGGGUGCCGUCCGCAUAUAGUCUUGGGCUUUUGGCUCGUCGCCGGUCAAGAACAAGGGACGAAUGUAAAAAAGUACUCCUUUCCAUUCUGAAAAUGAUUGAAGUUUUAUGUU